AGCUGGACAACAACAACAACAAACUCCGAAACCUUCAAAUGAUAGUAAUCAUGUUUCGUCAGAUGAACAAGGAACAUUAAAUAAUAAUGAAUUAGCUCGUAAUAAUAGUGAUAAUUUAGUUUGUGUAAAAUGGCGUGUAGAAAAUUCACAUGGUGAUGACAAAGGUGAUAAGGGUUAUUUGAUAAUGAGUGAUGAUUGGUUCAAUGAAUAUUUAUAUGAAGUAGUAGUGGAUAAGAAACAUUUAUCUAAAUCCGUUCUGACUGUUCUUGAUCAAGAGCCGAUUCGUCUUGUAGCUUGGGAUCCUAUGGGUGCAUUGGCUUGA